UGUGGGCUUGCACCGCCCAAAUGCCUAAUAUUAUAUCGGUCCACCCUGUAAAAGGCUUAUAGGAUCCGGAUUCCGGAAGUCCAGAAACUAAGAAACGAAACCCUAGCCUUGUGUGUGUAUAUAAUGCAGCAUAUACUCCAUCCCAGUUUUCCCAUUUUCCCAAGCUCAUAAUGUCUAAGCGAGGUUCGUAUACUUUUACGUAUCCAAUUGUGUAAUUGAUUGAUCGAUUAUGUGCAUAAACUCAUCUUACUGUUGUUCGAUUUUGAAGGGCGCGGAGGAUCGGCCGGGAACAAGUUCCGUAUGUCGCUGGGUUUGCCGGUGGCGGCGACGGUUAACUGCGCCGAUAACACUGGGGCUAAAAACCUCUACAUUAUUUCCGUCAAGGGCAUCAAGGGUCGCCUUAACCGGCUGCCGUCAGCUUGUGUGGGUGAUAUGGUGAUGGCCACUGUGAAGAAGGGGAAGCCUGAUCUCCGGAAGAAGGUCAUGCCUGCUGUCAUUGUUCGUCAGAGAAAGCCUUUUCGCCGAAAGGAUGGAGUUUUCAUGUACUUUGAAGAUAAUGCUGGCGUUAUAGUAAAUCCCAAGGGUGAAAUGAAAGGUUCUGCAAUUACUGGUCCAAUAGGUAAAGAGUGUGCUGACUUAUGGCCCAGAAUUGCUAGCGCAGCAAAUGCAAUUGUCUGAAGUCAAGAUUGCUCUGUGUUGUACUCUGGGAUUUCGCUUAGUCUUCAUCUUUGUUAAUUGCCCAAGUCAUGAAUUCAAAAAUACUUCCGAAGUAAAAUGAACUCUGAAUUUUCAUCAGUCUCAUUUCAGUGUCUGUUUUGCAAUAGGACGUAUAAGAAAUCACAUCUCUACAUUUUUCGUGUUAUAAAUUCUCAACCAGACUCAAAACGCCUACUGUAGCAUUAUUGCUUUAUCUUUUGAUAUUCCAAUCCGAGUGUUCUCAUAUUAAUUAGUUCAAAAAUCUUAAUAUCUAAUUAGUAGUAAUUUUAAUCCUAAUUGGAACCUUGCCUAAUA